UCUCUCUGGAAACGCUGCUUCAGUAAUUUACUCGUGGCAGGCACCAAUGACUCAAACUUUGAGGCUUGUUUUAUGGAAUUUUAACAGGUCAGCCUUUUGAAGUACACUUCCACAUUUCUCAAGUUUCUGCGAUGAGUCCAAGUUUAGUUAACUUCAUCCUGUAAAUGUCAAGUGCUGAAUACAAAAAGCUUUGACACAGAAGAAAAUGAAGAGAAACCUAAAUGAAAGUUCAGCCCGAAGUACAGCAGGCUGUUUGCCUGUACCAUUGUUCAAUCAGAAAAAGAGAAACAGACAGCCAUUAACUUCUAAUCCACUUCAGAAUGAUCCAGGUGUCAGUACUGUUUCUGACAGUUACGGUUCCCCUUCUUUUCCAACAGAUUGGACGUGGGAAGCUGUGAAUCCAGAGGUGGCUUCUUUAAAGAAAACAGUGAAUACAGGGCAAAUACCAGCUUCUGCUUCUUAUCCCCCGAGAAGUCAAGAUUCUGUGUCUAAAUCUAUUCAAUCAAAUGCUGAAAGAAGCCAAAGUGCCUGGGGCUACAGAGGCAACAACAGAAACACUAGCUUGAGAACUUGGGAUUUUCGACCUCAGCAUAAAACUGUAAGCCCUGUGGCAAACAGUGAGUUCAGUUCUUGUCCAGUGAAUUUGAGAGCUCAACAACAAAAACAGUUCCAAAUGCCUGAAUUUCCUAACUUACCUGGACAUAAAGAAGCUGAAGUACCCCGACAAACAUGUUUAUCAAAACUGCCUGGCUCUACAAUGAAAUGCCCAGACAGAGCCAGUGCACUGCAGGCAUUUAAACCAAGUUUUCAACAAAAUCCAUAUAAGAAAACAGUGUUGGGAGAUAUUCCAAGAGAAAAUUCUCUGAAGGAAGGUACCUUGCAUCAGUUAAAGGAAAAAGAUAAUUCUUUAAGAAUUAUUUCUGCAGUUAUUGAAAGUAUGAAGUAUUGGCGAGCACAUGUGCAGAAAACUGUACUUCUUUUUGAAAUAUUGGCUGUCCUGGAUUCAGCUGUCACACCUGGCCCACAUUAUUCAAAGACUUUUCUUAUGAGAGAUGGGAAAAAUAUUCUUCCAUGUGUAUUUUAUGAAAUUGAUCGUGAACUUCCAAGACUGAUUAGAGGCCGAGUUCACAGAUGUGUUGGACACUACGACCCAGACAAGAACAUUUUCAAGUGUGUUUCUGUCAGACCAGCAUCUGCUUCUGAACAAAAGACUUUCCAAGCAUUUGUUACAAUUGCAGAUGCUGAGAUGAAGUAUCAUACUAAAGUAAUGAAUGAAAUGUAAAUAGUGACAAAGGGAAUUACACAGUAUGAGCAGGAGCAUUUGCUGUCAUUACUUUACCACUUGCAUGGUUUUAUCACUCUUGUUUUUGUAUUUCAGUUCUUUUUAUAAAAGUAAAACUUUUCUUAUAUUUUUGACCAAAACAACAUAGCUAGGUUUUUUUAAUUUUGAAAUUUUAUUGAGCUAUGCUGGAUAAACCACCAUUUAAAUUGUAUAAUUUAAGUUUCUAGUAUGCUUACCAAGUUAUGCAACCAUUACCAUUAUCUAGAUGCAAACAAUGUCAUCACUCCAGAAGAAUGCACAUCCACCAACAAUUACUUUCUAUUCUCUUUUACCUCUCAGAACCACAAUUUUCUUUUGUGUAGCUAUGGAUUAUUUUGUUGUUCUGUGCAUUUCAGAGUAGAGCUAAUCUUGGUAAAUGCGAAACGUUUUUUUUUUUUUUCUAAGAAGAUAAAUUUCUGUAUUUGC